AACUAACCACACCUACAAAGGCAGUCUUUCUUCUUUAUGCACGCUGGAUUGGAAGUGAAAUACUCUCCUUUACAUGUGAAUAUACACAAAGAAGACAAUACAAAUGUCUGUUCCUAGAGUAAUAGUACGUGACCUUGGUAACUAUGGUAACAAAGACGAGCUUUUUCGGACGUACAGUCGCUUUGGUGAGAUUCGUAACAUAUGGAUGGCGACGAAUCCUCCGGGUUUUGCUUACGUCUUUUUCAAAAAUUCCAAAGAGGCAAUGAAAGCCGUGUCGUCGACAAAUGGGAGUGUUAUCUGUGGGGAGAGGGUCCGUGUUGAGUAUCUUCCUACGGAAGACAAGAAAGAGUUUAACAGUCGUCUUAGUAACCAGAGUCCCAUAGUUAGAGGACGUAGCCCCCCACCUUAUUCCCAUCGUCCGAUGCCACCACAUCCUCCUCGUCGUAGUCCCCCUCCCUCUCGCCCUCCUCCUCCUCAUAGGAGUCCUGUUUAUCGUGAGACGGGCCCUCCUAAAUAUUCUCAUUAUCCUUUGUCACCUCCUCAUCGUUCAAGACAUAAAUCUCCUCCCCCUUCUCACCGUCGAUCUCCCCCUCCUUCUCUAAGAGGUUAUGAAUCGUCCAGUCAUUCUGAUUACGAUAUGCAUGGCUACCCUGAAAGAGGAGGGCAUGGGAAUUCCUACGCUCAUAGAGAUCCUUACAAGAGAGAGGAGAGGAUCACUCAUUAUGGCGACGUGAGAGAGAGAAGGGAAGAUCUUCAUCACAAGAGAGGAAGGGAAACCAGCGGCUAUGUUGUAGAUAGAUAUGUUAAUAAACACAGUAGCGAGCGGAGACUCUCUUCCCCUCCUCUCCCUCCCCCUCCUCCUCAUAGACCAUCAAAUUAUUCUCAUGGACAUAGAGAUAGUGGAAGGAGACUUGGACACUAUUCUCUUUCUCCUCCUCCUCUACCUCAUAAUCACACGAGGGAACACGACUUACGGCAUAGGGAGCAACGUAGGCCACCUCCCCCUCCAAUUCAUAGUCCCCGUAAGAGCUAUCAAAGAGAGGCCUAUCAACAUGUACCCUCCUCCGAGCCCAGGCUGCGCUCAUCUGGUCCUAACAGACGUCAUUCAGAUCACAGGCGACAGGGAAUGCCACCUAGGCAGGGUAUGCCAGCCAGACGAAAACCCAAGCAGAUCGAUUUAUGGACUAACCCAAACCAACCUAGGAAACGCCAGCAGUCCCGUGGUGGCGGUAGAGGAAGGAAAGGAGGAGGAGGGAGGAGAAGGAGGGACAGGAGCCGCUCUCCACACUAUCAUAAUGCUAACAGUAAUCAGUUGGUUGAUCCGAAUGAGAUUGUGUUUUACGAGACUAAUGAUGCUAAUGAUUAUGUACCAGAGGAUUCUCCACCUUCUCUUCCUCCUGAGACUGAGCCUCAAGAACCUCCCAUUGAUAGUAGGGACGAAGAAAGGUUUUCAAAAGAAGAGUACCAGGGGAAUGACCACAGCAACAUUGAAUCUCCACAGACCUCGUCAAUAGCAAAUGAUUUCACUGAGCAAGAUGAAGAGAUCGAAGUUGAUGUUGAAGAAGGCUACCAGCAGGAUUCUGAAGUGUUCCCUCUCGAGAGCCAGUUCUUGCAGCUGGAGGAGCUACAAGGAGACAGCCCACAGGCGGAAGAGCAAGAGCAACCUGUCCAGAACCAGUUUUACGGUGAGAGAAAGGUCAAUUAUUCGUCUAAAAGGUCGGAAAGAGAGGUCAUCUGUGUGGCUGAUGAAAGGCAAGUUAGAGUCUCCAGAAGUCCCUCGCUUCAAGAGAGCAGGUCUCGCUCAGGCACCCCAACGCUCAUGGAUUGAGCUCCAAUUUAUUGAUCCCCAAAUGUGUGAGAUUUCUACACUUCACUUAUUUGUUAUAAUUAUCAAGAAAAGGCUAUUUUGGCAGAUCCUACCAUGCACUAUAAUUUCCUACUACUACUACCACUACUAUAGACAAGCACCUUUUUCUAUAAAAGGAUCUUCUCGCCCAUUGCAAUUAACAAGUUGAUCUAGGAACCACCAACUUCUCUUAUGUUUAACCAAAUGUUAUAAAUGAAAUGUGAUUUUUCUACUCAAUUUGUAAUUCCUUGCUCUUUCUUACAUCAACAAGUUCUGUCAAAAACCAAA